AUGGAAUCUCCUUCAACACUUACUUAUUGUUCUGGUUGCAAAACCUUUAAAUCUCAUAAUGAAUUCAGGCUUUGUGAUGCAAGAGGCAUUUCUAUAUUAAAUCGUACAUAUAGUACAUGCAACAGUUGUGAAAAAUGUACUAAAUAUCGAAAAAGAAAGUAUGAUACGAUGAAAAAUCAAGAAAAUAAAGUUUUAGAUACAAAUGAAACUUUACAAAUUAUAAACAUGGAACUAUUGCUUGAAAAUCUUAAAAUUCUAAUUAAUAAUGCGAAUUUAGAGAAUUUUAAUGAUCC